CUCACAACCACCUUCAUCGGUCCCCAACCCCUUUCUUUCUCGGAAUUGUCGACUGCCACUACUGUGAGGAUCAUCACCGUGUACGGAACACCACCGCUUCUGUGGAUAAUUUGGCAACCAAAUCGACACCAGCAAACGCUUUAUUCGCACCCUAUAGGCGCGGAAUCCGGCGAGAUUCCUAGAUUCCGGAGAGAUUCCGGACAAAUUCUCUAAAUUUCGCAAGAUUUCAGCCAGAUUUCUACUUUUAUCCGAGGAAAACUACUUUUCUACACCAAUACACUAACAUUUUAGAACUUUUGGUUUUUGUGAUCGAGGGAUUUAGCUCCGUGAUAGUUGUUGUAGCGGUUGCUUAAGUUCCGCUGGUUGACCUUUGAUUUACAAUGGAGACGAAUACUUCACAAAUGAUUAUUCUAAAUGGUUCUAAUUAUCACUUGUGGAAAACUAGGAUGGAGGAUCUUCUUUAUGUUAACGGAUUUCAUCAGCCAAUUAUUUGUUCUGAAAAACCCGAAGGCAUGACGGAGGAAGAAUGGAACUUGUUACACCGUCGGGUUGGACAGUUGAGAGGGGUAUCGAAAACAGCUAACAAUGCUGAACUUAAGUUGUUUCUGGAGGAUUCAUGGCCAGUUCCCCCGCCUGCAAUAACUAAAAAGGAUAUUUUACUGUUUUUCAAGCUUUAUGAUCCUCUCAAGGAGGAGCUUCGGUAUGUUGGGAGACUCUUUGUGAAUGGUACGAGUUCGCCUUAUGAAAUACUUGCAAAAUUAAAUGAGCUGGCUGGCUUUGCUCCUGAUGUAGAAAUUGAACUCUUUGAGGAAGUUAAGUUUAAUCCAAAUGUUAUGUGUCUACAUGUUAAUAAGGAGCUCACAUUUUGGGCUAGCGAGUUUGAAGACGGGGAUAUCAUUUGCUUUCAGAAAUGUCUUGAUGCUGGAACCGUAGCAUGUCGCUAUCCUUAUCUUCCAUGUUUUCUAGAACAUGUUCAUUAUUCUCAGAACACACAAGAAGAAGAAAGCGGUUCAAAUCUACAACCAACUAUGAUGGUCCAGUGAUGUAGCCAAAUAAAGGAGACAGACAUAAUGAUCAUUCUUUCCGGCCUUUUCAUCCAACCUUUUUUAAGCACUUCAUCUAUAUUCAUCCAACCUUUUUAAGCACUAUAUCUAUGUGUAUAUAUUAUUCGAUCUAAUAUUUUCAAGACCCGACCCCUUAUGGAAAGCAUUUUAUCCUUUAAAACUUUAGCAUGUCUUUUUUUA